ACAUUUGCCAGUGCCUGUAAGGAAUUACUCGGGGUAAAACCCAAAUGUUUCGUCCGUUUCCGGAAAAUCAUUUUAGGCUUCCUACAAGAAAGAAAAUGGAAUCUGGCAGUCGCACUUAGCUAAACAGUGUAUCGUUUCUGGGCGAAUAUUAAAAGGGCAGCUGGGUUGUACGAUAACGCUGCCGUUAACAUCGCCAAGCAGCAACUGGAUCUUGCUGAAUAUUGGAUCAUCUCUAGUCCGCCCUCCCUUCUGAACCAAUGGAGGGGUCUGACAGCGUGGAACAGAAUGGCAGUGAACUGCCAGAGUCACAGCGCAGGAGGCAGCUGGACCGCCUGGACAGGGAGGAGGCCUUUUACCAGUUCGUCAACAAUCUCAGUGAUGAAGACUACCGUCUCAUGAGAGACAACAACCUUUUGGGCACUCCAGGCGAGGUAACACAAGAUGAGUUAUUCAAUAGACUACAGCAAAUCAAAGAUGGUCCUGAGCAACAGAAUAACACCGCUGGUACUGAAAGUGUAGAAGAUCCAGUUGAACAACCGGAAAGCUCAGAGGAUCCUGCCAGUGGUGAUAGUCUGCUUGACUGGCUGAACACUGUGAGGCGCACAGGCAACACAACUAGAACCGGUCAUCGUGGGAAUCAGUCAUGGCGGGCUGUGAGCCAGACCAACCCGAACAGUGGCGAUUUUCGCUUCAGUCUAGAAAUCAGUGUGAACCGCAAUCUGGCUGAGCAACAGGCAGCUAUUGAGGGAGAGCAGGAAUCAUCAGAGCAACCUCCAGAAGAAUCAUCAGAGCAACCUCCAGAAGAAUCAUCAGAGCAACCUCCAGAAGAAUCGCAAUCGCCAGAAGAAUCGUCAGAGCAAUCGCCAGAAGAUAGGUCAGAGCAACCUCCAGAAGAAUUGCCAGAACAGUCUCCAGAACAAGCUCCAGAGGGUCAAGAAAUAGUGGCAAAUGCUGAACCACCAGUUCCCAUGGAGACAGAAGUGGUAGAAGAACCAGUUGUAGAUGAGUUGGCGGUCAUAGUGGAACCAGAGCCUGAACUAGAAGAGGUUGUUUCACAAGAGCUUGUAAGUGAAUCUCCCACCUCACCUUCUCCCCUGCCAGUGCAGCCACCACUCUGUCCUUCUCCACGCAGAGGGCAAAGGAGACCCCGCAGCCGAAGUCCAGAACCACGCAGGACUCGGGCCCGUUUAGCCAGGAGCCGCUCCCCUCUCAACUUGGAUCAACUUGAUGGACUUCCUAAUCCACGGCAUUCUUACAUCUCUCAAAGUGCCAGUUCUUCCAGCAGUGCUCCCCCUGUACCUCAAGUGGAGGGUAGCUCACGGACUCGACAGCAUGUUCUUUCAAGACCAAGCCACACUGAUGGAGAUGCUCAGCAGUCUAGGGCAGUUGCAGAAUCCAUUCCAGAGGCCCACAAUGUUGCCUCUCAGGAGGUAGAAGCCUCUGGGGGCGAAGGGGGCGCAGCAGGGCGUCGCCCCCCUACUAUUAUGCUUGACCUUCAGGUGCGCCGUGUGCGUCCAGGUGAAUAUCGGCAAAGAGACAGCAUUGCCAGUCGUACUCGCUCGCGCUCCCAGAACUCAAACAACACAUUUAUGUAUGAGAGUGAACGUGGUGGAUUUCGUAGGACUUUCUCGCGCUCUGAGCGUGCUGGUGUGAGGACCUACGUCAGCACUAUUCGCAUCCCCAUCCGAAGAAUCUCCGAUGCAGGUUUGGGAGAGGCAACUUCAAUGGCUCUCCAGUCUAUGAUACGGCAGAUCAUGACUGGGUUUGGUGAGCUUGGCUACCUCAUGGACUCUGACUCUGACUCUUCAGAUUCAAACCGUGGAGCCAGUGCUCCUGCAGAAAUAGAAGCCCUCCAUAAUCCAGAUGCUACCCCUGCCGAUGCUCCUGCUGCUGAUGUUGACGAGCAACCGGUUGCUGCUGGAGGCAGAGGAAGGACGGUUGAAACUGAUAUGGAUGAAGGCCUUGCCACUGGUCCGCCUCCCACUGGUGGCAGGGCUCGACCAAGACCACCUAUCGGCCUGGAGGAGCCCAGCUCCCUGCCCUUCCUGCGACUUGCUCACUUCUUCCUACUAAAUGAUGAUGAUGAAGACCAGCCCCAGGGGCUGACCAAAGAACAGAUUGACAACCUCUCCAUGCGCAACUUUGGAGAGAGUGAUGCCUUGAAGACUUGCAGUGUGUGCAUAACAGAGUAUGCAGAAGGGAACAAGCUACGUAAGCUUCCCUGCUCUCACGAGUACCAUGUGCACUGCAUAGACCGCUGGCUCUCCGAAAACUCCACAUGCCCCAUUUGCCGCAGGGCUGUCCUAGUGUCAGCCAACAGAGAGAGUGUGGUGUAACGCUUUGACAGACUGAAGGCCUUUUGUCUCAGCCGAAGUAAUCCAAUAUCUCCCAAGUCUGUAAGAGGCUGUGAGAAAACGUGUUUCUGCUGUUGAAAUGUAUUUCCUUCAUACUAUUUGUGAGUUUGAUCGUAUUGCAGACAACAGGUUUUAUUUGGGGUGCUCCUUACAGUGACGAUGGAGAAUAUUUAGUUUUUAGUUAGACAUUUAUUAUUAUUGCAGUCCAAAGUGGGGCACAAGCGAUGCAUGCUGUCUAUCAACCCGUAGUGGCUGUGCAGUGUUGCGUUGCAUCAAGCCAUGCGCACAAGUAGACUGAUAUCUCAUAAAAAUAAAUCCUCUGAUUAUAAAUGCUGCACACUUGCAGGUAGUUCAGGCACUUCAAAUCUGUUCUCUCAACUCCCGAAUGGCCCCUUGUAUAACAUUAGCUGGGUAUAGGUACAGUUGCUAGUUACACCAGUUCAAAGUAUUAGCUGUAAAUAAGCUUGUAAAAUAAUUUUGAAUCAUACAUUGUAUCACUGAAUUGGUUUCGGAUUGUAAAUGAACUCAUUUGAAGAUCUGGGUCAUGAUGGUCUGCAAUUACUCUCUGAAUUUGAUUUUAAAUGUUUAGGUGCUAACAAUGUAUACAGCAGAAUUAUUUACAGAUUGUGAUGUCCAAAGGAUGGAGGACAAAGUGUUUUGCAAUUUACAGUGUGACUUGUGCUCUCCAUUCUUGUUCACCCUAAAUAAAACACUUUUUUUUUUCUUCUUUGUUUGGUUUUGAGCGGGAUAUACCAUAAACUCGCAGAGGGAAAAAAAACCCAGAAUGUUGAACUUUUUAGGUUUUUGUUUUUUUGUUUGUUUGUUUUUUUGUUUGUUUGUUUUUUUUUUCUCCAAAAGUUAAAGUCUGUUUUGGAUUAAUAUUGUAUUGUUACUUUCUUGAUUAUUGUAAUGCCAGAUGUAAUCGUAUGAGAAAAUGAAAGCUUUUUCAUUAUGGGUAAUGGAGGCUUUGUCAGUAUCAAGUUGUGAGUUCCCCACCUCUAAAAUAUUAGCAGGCAUGACACAGAUGCAAAAGGACAUUUACUUUUAAUACUAAAUGAUGUCACAGUUGUGAUCCUUUUGUGUGUUAUUGUUCUUCUCGAUUCUUUUUUUUCCUACUAACAAUUGGAUUAAUUAAAUAUGAAAUAAAUUGUGGUCUUGGCAGAGUGAAAUAAUCACAGAUUGAAUAAAAUGGCAAUCCAGACUUGCUUCCUCAGCUCAAGCCACAACAGAUCUCUUUACCUGUCAGUCCACCUUCAUGUUUAAGUUGCAGCUUAAGUUAUUACCCCAAAGGUUUGAUAUAUACCAAGUCUGGGGUGGGAAAGUCUCCAUUAUUGUUCAUUGGGUUUUGCUUCAUAGGAAAGUCAAGUUUCUUGACCACUGUGCCCUCCUGCCUCACGAGCAAAUGCUCCAUAUCUGUGUGCAAUACAUGCAAUUGUAAAAGUAAGGAAAUGAAGACUUAUUACCCAUUAUGUGUUGAAUUUAUUUUAUUUAGAAGUUCUGUAGGUUUUAAUAGCACUGUUGAUGAACAGGGACACUGGCUAAAGGAGAAAAAAAAAAGCAACACUUAAAGCCAUCCUGUCACAUUUCUUAUUUUGUUUGAUGUCUUAGCCACAACUAUUACUUCCCUGUGUGGAGCAUAAAGGUUUGAAUGCAAGAUGAUGUUGAAUACCAUUAACAUGUAAACAAUGUAUGUUCCCUCAUAGGCCAUGCUUUAGUUUUGGCCUUGUUCUGUGAUCCAUCCAGUGCAGUAUGUUAACUGGGUGUUAAAUGAAAACUAACCGCUGAAUUAAACAAGUUGUUAUGCUAUGAAA